AUGAGAAUUUCAUCCCCAAUUGUUUGCUCGUUGCUAGCGGCGUCUGCGAUUGCGGCUCCUGUGUUGAAGGGGAACGAAGUCAAGGCACUUCGAAAGCCUUCUUUUGCCGCUGACUAUGGAGAAAUUAUCCAGCGUGAUGUUGACGUCGCCAUUGACGGCAAACCCGUCCAUAUUGAGGGCGGAUAUAUCAGAAAUUCCGAUCUUAAGCGUCUCGGCUGGGACAUUAGAGACCGCGAUGAGAAGCGCCAGGUAGACGUUGACGGCGUCGCUACAAGAAGUGGCUGGGGUUACAUUAAAGCACGCGAUGAGAAGCGCCAGGUAGACGUUGACGGCGUUGCUACACGAAGUGGCUGGAGUUACAUCAAAGCACGCGAUGAGAAGCGCUAG